CUACAACCACCUGAAACCACCCGAAACCAUCUAAAACCACCUGAAACUACCUACAACCACCUGAAACCACCUACCACAACCUUAAACCAUCUACAACCACCUGAAUUCACCUACAACCACCUUAAACCACCUGAAACCAUCUACAACCACCUGCAACCACCUUAAACCAUCUACAACCACCAACCACCUGAAACCAUCUACAACCACCUGAAACCAGAACCACCUGAAACCACCUGAAACCAUCUACAACCACCUGAAACUACCUACAACCACCUGAAACCACCUACCACAACCUUAAACCAUCUACAACCUCCUGAAUUCACCUACAACCACCUUAAACCACCUGAAACCAUCUACAACCACCUGCAACCACCUGAAACCAUCUACAACCACCUUGAACCAUAUACAACCAUUUAUCAACAACCACCUACAACCACCUUAAACCAUCUACAACCACCUAGAACCACCUUAAAACAUCUACAACCACCUGAAACCAUCUACAACCACCUGCAACCACCUGAAACCACCUACAACCACCUUAAACCAUAUAAAACCAUCUACAACUACCUGAAUCCACCUACAACCACCUUAAACCACCUACAACCACCUGAAACCAUGUACAACCAUCUGCAACCACCUGAAUCCACCUACAACCACCAAAAGCCAUCUACAACCACCUUAAACCAUCUACAGCCACCUGCAACCACUUUAAACCAUCUACAACUACCUGAAUCCACCUACAACCACCUUAAACCAUCUUCAACCACCUGCCGUCUAAAACCAUCUGAAACCAUCUACAACCACCUGAAACCACCUAAAUCCACCUUAAACCAUCCACAAUCACCUGAAACCACCUACAACCACCUGAAACCACCUAAAACCACCUGA